CGUCGAGCACUCCAAAUACUAAUUUUAGCCAAAGCGAGAGUGACUGUGAGGGUGAGUCAAAAACUGAUUGAUUAUGCUCCCGGCUGCGUAGUGUAAGAAACAGAGAAAAACAUGGUUUCUUCCAUUAAACCAUGGAUACUUACAAAGGUCAACUUCAAAUAGCCAUAACCAACACAUCACAGUAUAAAUUAAAAGAUGCCUCGACUAUCAAUGUUACCGCGAACUUCGCGGAUUGUAGCUUUGUGCUCUGCUGCAAAUUUCAUCAAUGCUGCAGACAGAGUUAUAAUGCCUAUUGCUAUAGUUCCAAUGACUGACGAAUUCAGAUGGAAUCUUCACUGGCAGGGUUGGAUUCUCUCUGCAUUUGCAUUUGGUUAUUUUACAAGUCAGAUUAUUGGAGCUAAUACAGCCACACGUUUUGGUUGUAAAACUGUAUUGAUGGUAGCAGUUUUGCUGUGGUCGAUUAGCACUGUGAUAACACCACUGAUAGCACAAUCUGUUUUGUUACUUGUCAUAACAAGAGUAAUACUUGGUCUUGUUGAAGGUUUAGGUUUACCUGUCAUAUUUCACUUGUUUGCUCAUAGUAUUCCAGUAGAAGAGCGAUCUCGAGCUUUUGGUUAUCUUGUUGCUGCUGGCUCAGUUGGACAAGUUGUGGCAUCAAUUUUGUGUCCACAUCUAAGCUGGAGGAGUGGAUUUUACUUAUUUGGUUCAAUUGGUAUUUUAUGGACUAUUUUAUGGUUCUUAUUGUAUAUUGAAACUAAUUCCCAAGAUGAGAUUCCACUGUUUUUACCUAAGGUACCUCAAAAUCGUAUAUUACGAUGGACUGAAUUCAUUGCUCAUUGGCCUCUUUGGGCUUUAUACAUAGCUCAUUUUGCUAUGAACUGGAGUAAUUAUAUAAUUAUGCAGUGGUUACCUACUUAUCUUUCAAGGAACUUAUCAGCUAACAAGGAAAGUAUAAGUUUCACAGCUUUACCUUAUAUUAUCAACUCUCUCAUUGGAAUAGCGGCUGGUCAUAGUGCAGACAAUCUAAUACAGAAAAGAUGGUCAGUUUUAUCUGUUCGAAGGCUAAUGACAAAUAUUGGUUUGAUUGGUCCUGGAGCUUUUUUAUUAGCUUUUUGUGCUGUUGAUAAUUUAAUAUUAGCAGUCAUAUUUGUAUCAAUAUCAAUGGGAUUGUGUGCAUGUAAUUCUUCUGGACACUUGAGUAAUCAUGCUGAUAUAGCACCAAACCAUGCGGGUAUAACAUUUGCUGUGUCUAAUACUAUUGCGACAAUACCUGGGAUUUUAUGUGGUCCACUAACAGCCGAAUUGGUGACUGCAUCAAAUGGUCGUUGGAUGCCGGUAUUUGUGUUGGCUGCAGCAAUAAACUUUACGGGAGCUAUAAUUUACCAAAGUCACAGUUCAGCUUCACCAGUAUUGUGAUAUAUGCAACUGCGCACAGAUUGGACGAUCAAUUCGCCAAGUUUGUUGCAGGAGUACACUGUUUAUUGAGUGAUAUUUUAAGACUUUGGAUGUGUAGUGAAACUUAAAGUGAGAGGCAAAACUAAUCACUGUUAAGCAUAUCAAUUGACGGAGAAAACAGUGUUACAAAAGUUGAACAUUGACGAGAUUAGGCGAAAAUAUGAUCAACUAAUACUUCGUGAUAUACAUUAAUGAAACAUGAUAUUUUUAUUUUGCGCACUUUUGUAUAUGCUGUGUACAUAAAACGAUAUUACGAUUGUAAGUUGCAUUUUUCGAAAUAAUCUGAUUAUAAGACCACCAGGGUACUAAAAAAUUACAGCGAUAAAUUAGUUCCUGUAAUAUCGAUAUUUUUUCAAUUGUAAUUAAAAUUUGACUGCUGCAUAUAAAAUUCAAUUUAGUAUUUUGCGGCAUACUUAAUUUAUUUUACUUUUUAAUUCAAUUUAUUUUUCUUACUGAGAGUAAUAAUUUAGAAAAAGUUAAAGAAUCAAUCAUUUUAAAAAACAGGACUUCUUUAAAUAUUCUGAUUUUAAUACUUCUGGUAGCAUUUUUUGGAGCACUGAAUAUUUUUGUAUGAAACUCGUUGAUGUAUCUACAUUCGAUGGGCUGAAAAUUUUACAGUUUUGUUCUAUUUUUUCAACGACUUUUGUAUUCUCAGUCUUAUUGAAAUUUUUACUUUCCAUCAAACUAUCUUCACUAAGUUUAUACGAAAAAUCAUUUUCUUCAAUAUUUCUAGAAGUUUUUGGUGCAUUUGAAUGAGUAUUUGUUUGUAAAAACAUGUCUCUGACGCCAUCAACGCUUGAAUGUACAGUUUUUAUAUUCAAUGAAUAAUCGUCAAAAGUCUUUCGAAUAUUUCUUUCUAAAACAUCAAGCGAACCGUUAUAAACACAAAUGUUAAAUUUGUUGUAUGUUUAAGUAAAAGUUA